AUGGCUACUAAAAUUCUUUUGUUAGGGUUCCUUGCUUUAACAUGCUCACUUGCCUCUGCAUCUGAUAGCAGUCCUCUACAAGAUUUCUGUGUGGCAGACCCCAAUGGCCCAGUGAAAGUGAAUGGUUUCGCUUGUAAGAAUGCCAUGGCCGUUCAAGCCUCCGACUUCUCCUUUGGUGGUCUUCACAUAACCGGCAAUACAAGCAAUCCCGUUGGCUCGAGGGUAACCCCAGUUACAGUAGCCCAAGUAGCGGGACUUAAUACUCUUGGCAUCUCAUUGGCUCGCAUAGACUAUGCGCCAAAGGGUAUCAACCCUCCUCAUACUCACCCAAGGGCCAGCGAAAUCCUCACUGUCGUGGAUGGCAGCCUUGAAGUAGGGUUUGUCACUUCCAACCCGGACAACCGUCUCAUUGCAACAGUUCUUCAGAAGGGUGACGUGUUUGUGUUCCCUGUGGGCCUCAUUCACUUCCAGCGCAACGUCGGAAAGGGAAGUGCCAUUGCCAUUGCAGCUCUUAGUAGCCAAAAUCCAGGAGUCAUAACAAUUGCUAAUGCAGUGUUUGGUUCCAAGCCUGAUAUCUCCACCGAUAUUCUCGGCAAGGCUUUCCAAGUUGAUAAUAGCGUCAUUGCUAAACUUCAGGCCAAGUUCUAG